AUGUCCAAGAGAAGUGCCGAAUCCGUGGAGCAGUCCGCCCUCAAGGCGGGCGAGCGCCCAAUUGCUGAGGUCCCUAUGGACGAAGCGGGGGAGUUUGAAGACGAGUUUGAGGAUGAGUUCGAGAGCGAAGAUGAGAUUCUCGAGGCCGGUGUCGACGGUCGCCCAGAUGCUGAGCGUGAAGAAGAGGAAAAGGAAGCUAUGGAGGUGGACAAGGAAACCUUCAUUCCCGGACGCACAAAACUGGCCCCCGGAGAGACGCUAUCGCCAGACCCUUCGACCUACGACAUGCUUCACACACUGAGCACGCCGUGGCCCUGCCUUUCUUUCGACAUUGUGCGCGACUCGCUCGGUGACAACCGCAAGACCUACCCCGGCACUGUCUACGCUGUCACCGGCACCCAGGCUGAGGGAUCCAAGGCCAAGGACAACGAACUCAUGGUUAUCAAAAUGAGCGGCCUCAGCAAAAUGGAGAAGGAGGCCGAGUCAGACAGCGACUCGGAUGACGACGACAUGGGCGAGCCCAUUCUCGAGCACAAGUCCAUCCCGCUUGGAUCAACGACAAACCGCAUUCGCACCCACCAGACCCCCUCCCAGUCCGGCGAUUACUCCAAGCCCCCUCAGACGCUUACUGCGACUUGGCUCGAGAACUCCCAAGUCGUUAUCCACGAUGUCACCGCCCACCUUUCCAGCUUCGAUGUCCCCGGCACUAUCCUCCCCCCCUCCGCAUCCAAGCCUCUUUCAACUUUGCGCAUGCACAAGAGCGAAGGUUAUGCUCUGGACUGGUCCCCUCUUCAGCCCCUUGGAAAGCUCUUGACUGGUGACAACGACGGUCUGAUCUAUGCUACCACUCGUACCGAGGGCGGCGGCUGGGUCACCGAUACCCGGCCUUUCCUUGGCCACGCUUCCUCGAUCGAGGAAUUGCAGUGGUCCCCCAACGAGCGCAACGUGUUUGCGUCUGCAAGCAGUGACGGAAGUGUUAAGGUGUGGGAUGUGCGAUCCAAGUCGCGCAAGCCCGCCGUGGACGUUCAAGUCUCCAACACUGAUGUGAACGUCAUGAGCUGGUCCAACCAGACCGCUCACCUUCUGGCAACAGGUGCCGAUGAUGGACAGUGGGCCGUCUGGGAUCUGCGUCACUGGAAGCCCAAUGCCGCUGCGCCCUCUGCUCAGAUCACCUCUUCCCCCGUUGCUUCCUUCGAUUUCCACAAGGAGCCUGUCACCAGUAUUGAGUGGCACCCGACGGAUGACAGUGUGGUCGCAGUUGGCUCUGCAGACAACACUGUGACUCUUUGGGAUUUGGCCGUCGAGCUGGAUGACGAAGAGAGCCGCGCCGCCAGCAUGGCGGACAUUCCUUCGCAACUGCUGUUCGUGCACUACAUGGAGUCCGUCAAGGAACUCCACUGGCAGGCACAGAUGCCCGGUACGCUCAUGGCGACCGGUAGCAACGGAUUCAGUGUUUUCAAGACCAUCAGUGUCUAG